AGUGAUAGCUAGUUAUAUUUUCAGGAUAUUGAAAUUUCUUGCAUUCUUCAGUUGCUAAUAAAUCGAUAAUGGCACCGUCUACUGAAGUGAGACCACCUCCAGCCGUUGAGAAGAAACCGGCCACUGAUCCGAAAAAGGAAAAGGAAGCUAAGAAGGCUGAAGAUGAUCUGAGUGAAGAAGAUAAGCAGUUACGUGAUGAGCUAACCAUGCUCGUCGAGCGUUUGUCAGAAAAUGACACGUCAUUGUAUAUGCCGUCGUUGGAAACCAUGCGAACUUUAAUUCGUGCAUCGACCACAUCGAUGACCUCCGUUCCUAAGCCUUUGAAGUUCAUGAGAGUUCAUUUUGACGCAAUGAAAAAGAUCCACGAGAAGAUCACCGAUGAUGCCACCAAGAAAUUCUGUGCUGACAUAAUCUCGGUUCUGUCAAUGACCAUGAGCGAAAAGCGGGAAUGCCUCGGAUACAAGCUUAACGGAUCAAACGAGCCCAUCGAUCAAUGGGGCCAUGAAUACGUCAGGCAUCUUGCUGGUGAAAUCGCAGCAGAGUGGGGCGAAAUCCCUGAAAACGAUUCAAAAAAAGAGAAGCUCUUGUCCUUGACGAACGAAGUUGUUCCUUACCAUCUGCAGCACAAUGCUGAGGCAGAAGCUUGUGAUCUGGCCAUGGAAAUCGAAAGGCUCGAUGUAAUCGAGAAGUACAUUGACAAUGCCACAUAUCCUCGCGUUUGCUUGUAUUUGACAAGUUGUGUACCAUAUGUUCCUGAUCCGGAAAACGUCCAGCUUCUCCGGACGGCUUUGAGAGUUUUUGGUAAGUUCCAGCAGUACCCGCAGGCACUGCGCGUUGCUAUGCAAUUGAAUGAUAUGGACGAGAUCAAACGAAUCUUCGAGGGUUGCAAAGAUGUUCCUGUGAGGAAGCAGCUGGCGUUUAUGCUCUGCCGACAGCAUAUAUUCAUGCCUACCGAAGAUGAAGAUAUCAACGAUAUUCUUUCGAAUGCCAAUUUAAACGUUCAUUUUCUCUCGCUUGGACGUGAGUUGGACAUCAUGGAGCCGAAAAUUCCUGAAGAUAUCUACAAAAGUCAUUUGGAGAAUACUCGUUCUACGUUCGCUCAACAAGUUGAUUCAGCUCGUCAGAAUCUUGCUGCUUCCUUCGUGAAUGGAUUCGUUAAUGCCGGAUUUGGUCAAGACAAAUUAAUCAUGAAGGAUGGUACUUCGUGGCUUUACAAGAACAAGGAACAUGGAAUGUUGAGCGCGACUGCUUCUCUUGGACUACUCUUGCUGUGGGACGUGAAUGGUGGCUUAUCACAAAUCGACAAGUACUUGUACUCGGCCGAAGAUUAUAUCAAGUCAGGCGCUUUGUUGGCUUGUGGGAUUGUCAGUGCAGGAGUCCGAGAUGAGUGUGAUCCCCCUCUGGCUCUACUAACGGACUACGUUGUGCACACGAAUAAUGUCAUGCGAAUUGGUCCGAUUCUGGGACUUGGUCUUGCUUAUGCCGGCUCCAAUCGACCCGAGGUUUUGGAACUGUUAUUGCCUGUUCUGGCAGAAGCCAAUGCACCAAUGGAGUUGAUUGGUUUGGCGGCUUUAUCCUGUGGCCUGAUCAGUGUUGGAGCCCGGAAUAUUGAAGUUACAGCAACAGUUCUGCAAACUCUCAUGGAAAAAACUCCGGAUGAGCUCAAAGACCCAUUUGCAAAAUUUCUCCCGCUGGCCCUCGGAUUGAGCUAUCUGGGAAAACAGGAAUUAGCAGACGUAACCCUGACAGCCUUGGAUGUGCUCGCUGAUCCCUUCCGAUCGAUGGCUAAAACCUUGGUUGAAGUGUGUGCUUAUGCCGGUUCUGGAAAUGUUCUGAAAGUCCAAAAUCUCCUUCACAUCUGCUCGGAGCACUAUGAUGGUACCAGCGCAGAAACUACAAAGAAGAAGGAGAAAAAAGACGACAAGGACAAGAAGGAUGAUAAAGAGAAGGGAAAAGAGGAGAAGAAGGACGAGCCGAGCGUUGAUCUAUCCCAGCAGCAAGCAAUUGCAGUCCUAGGCAUUGCACUGAUAGCUAUGGGAGAGGAAAUCGGUGCUGAAAUGUGCAUGAGAACCUUCGGUCAUUUGUUGCGUUACUGUGAGCCGGCAAUCCGUAGGGCCGUUCCUCUGGCAAUGGGUUUGCUCUCGGUGUCGAACCCGCAGAUGUCGAUUGUAGAUACACUGUCGAAGUUUUCACAUGACCAUGAUCCAGAAGUGGAGUAUGCUGCUGUGUUGGCAAUGGGCUUAGUUGGAGCGGGAACGAAUAACGCUCGUAUUGCAGCUCUUUUGCGACAGUUGGCGCAGUACUAUUAUCGUGAUCCAAACUCAUUGUUCAUGGUUCGAAUUGCCCAAGGGCUCGUUCAUUUGGGCAAAGGUACGAUGACGAUGAAUCCGUAUCAUUCAGACAAGCAGCUUCUGUCGCCUGUUGCUCUUGCUGGUCUCCUUGCAACUUUAGUGGCUGCCUUGGAUUGCAAGCAUACCAUUCUAGGGAAGUCGCAUUACCUUCUUUAUUGCCUCGUGACUGCAAUUCAUCCACGUAUGCUUGUUACAUUCGACGAAGAUCUCCAGCCCCUUCCCGUGUCUGUUCGUGUUGGUCAGGCCGUGGACGUCGUUGGCCAAGCCGGAAAACCAAAAACGAUCACCGGAUUCCAGACACAUACUACCCCUGUGCUUCUUUCGUUCGGAGAACGAGCAGAACUCGCCACGGAGGAGUUCGUUCCAUGUACGAACGUUCUGGAAGGUUUCGUGAUCCUCCGCAAAAAUCCGGAUUAUACCGACUAGGCCUUGGUAUGGUGUUUCCGGAACUUGUAAAAAUUUUACGUUUGGAUGCGUCUGGUGUGUCGAGUGUCAGACUUUCGAUUUUGCUGAUGAUCGGCGCGUAGAAUUUUCUACUCGCCCUUCGGAACAAGGCGAGGUGUGAAUUUUACGAGUCGCCUUUUCAUCGCCCGGUUUGGGAAGCGUUGCGUAUUAAAUUGCGACAAUUAAUUAUGAA